UCCUUCGUAAGUGAGAGAGACACGACUGGAACUGUAAUAGCAGACCUCUUUGCAGCUGGGUUAACCCAGCAUUCAAUUUGCUUUCUGAUUUUAACUCACAACUCUGACAUCUCCUCUUCUUGUGCCUGUGUAAUUAUCUCUUGGAAGGAGAUAGUUAAGAAUAAGCGUGAGAAGAUCGUGACCGAGUUUGGGAAACUGCAUCAGCUGCUGGCUGAAGAGGAGAAGCUGCUUUUACAGAAGCUGGAAGAGGAGGAGAAGAAGAUUCUGCUGAGGAUCAAUGAAAACUUAGCCAGGAUUUUGAACCAAAGAUCUUCUCUGGACAAGCUGAUCAUGGAAAUAAGAGAGAAAUUUCAGCUGCCAGCGGGUGGGCUACUUUGUGACAUGAAAAGCAUUUUGAGCAGGUGUGAAGAUAUGAAAUAUCAGGCCCCAGAAACUUUUUCUGUGGCCCUGAGAGAGAACUACAGCAUCCCAGUGCAUUGCCUUGGUAUGAGAGACAUGCUGAAGAAAUUCAAAGAGGAUGUGACUCUGGACCCAGAGACAGCUCAUCCUGAACUCAUCCUGUCUGGUGACCGAAAAAGCGUGAGACGUGGUGGCAAGAAGCUGAUCCUAUCUCUGUUUGAUAAUCCCAAGAGGUUUAAUACCACCCCACUGGUGCUGGGAACUCAGGUCUUCUACACAGGCCGGGGCUACUGGGAAGUGCAGGUGGGAGACAAAACAGAAUGGGGAUUGGGGCUAUGCAGGGAGUCAGCCACCAGGAAGGGAACAAUUGUCUUGCUGCCCAGCAAUGGCUACUGGAUGAUGCGUUUGCAGAAUGGAGGCCAAUAUGAGGCCCUCACUUCCCCUGCCACCCCACUCCAGCUGAGUGUGAGGCCUAGGCGGGUUGGGAUCUUUCUGGACUAUGAGGCUGGAGAGAUUACGUUCUACAAUGUGACCGACCGGUCCCAUAUCUAUACAUUCACUGACAAGUUCUUCGGAAAUCUCCGUCCCCUCUUCUAUCCUGGUGCUUCUGUGGGAGGCAAAAAUAUUGAACCCCUGGUGAUCUCAUGGGUAAGGGACACAGAUGGCAGUGGGUGUGUGAUUCUGUAGCCUUCUAGAUCAAGGAGGUGCAAAAAGGCAUCUCCUUUAUCUCUUACAUCAGCACAGCAGAGGGGGAGGGAUGGGAGUGGAAUUGUCUAGCUCUGAAGAACUAUCACUGAUUCACUUCAGAUCUGGCUAGUUUUGCUCCCCUUCUAGGCUCUGAGCAGACGGGGUGGAAGGAAUAGGGUGCUGAUGGGGAGCAGGGGUGGAGCAGCAGUGCAGGAGGGAGGCAGAGGUGCUGUAUAAGUAAGCAACACAACAUGAUGUCCUGCUUGGCUGGAGAUGUGGUAGAUACCAUUACUGAAAAAUUAACAUUGACUUGGUCCAUUCAUGCCCACUACUCACCAGUAAAAAGUCCCAGUGCCAUUCCUGCAAGAGUGCUUCACAUAGCAGUGAAUGAUAAACGUGGGGGGUCUGUGGGUGGUGAGUGGGAUGUGAGAUUGGAUCCCACCCCUUUGGUGACCUCCAGGUGACUGAUUUUUUUAAAUGUGAUAGGUAGGGAAAGAAGUGACUGGUUAGAUGUUACUUACAGACUAAGCACUUGAUUUUGGUGACAGGGACUGUACACUGCUCUGUGCAGGCUAUCUUCGUGCUGAUGUAGCAGUGAAUCAUAUUUAAACAAAACCAAUAAAGCGUUACUUUAUGACUAA